UGGAAGCAGAUGGGAUUAAAUUACAGGAGACUGGGAGAGUGCCAGAGAGACACCAAGAGGAUGCAGGAACAGAGGCUGCCGGCCCCAGGCCCAGGUCGGGCUCGGCCCAGCCGCGCCCCAGCUCGCGAGCCACGAAUGACCCAGGGCACCCCAGCCCCAGCUCGAGGCCUGGUGACGCCGUUGACGCCAGGCCUCCACGGAGUCCCCCCUCCCCCGGCACCGUCCCCAGCCGCCCUACGACUCUCACGCGAGGCCCCUAGCCUCGGUUUCCCAGCCCGCUCCCUGGCUUCUAAACGUGGCUCCGGCCCCCCAGCCCCGCCCCAGCCAGCGGCCGGAGGAGCCCGGGCGGAGGAGGCCCCGAACGUAGCCGUAAGCGGGCAAGCCACCCGGGCCGAGGUCGCGCAGAAGGACCGCUCCUAGCCCCCGUGGGUGGGUCCGGCUGUCCCCAGCCUGGAGACUGUGGGGCGGGAGGAGGUGGGUCCCGAGGCGGCCGAGGACAGGAGCCUGCGGGUCUUGGGGAGCAUGGAGGGGUGUGGCCUCGGAGGAGCCGGGUGGUUGUAGGAAGGAGGUGGGGCCCGCCGCGGCUUCAGGGGACGGUGCUGAGCGAUAGGACCAGGGCGGGGCCGGGAGGCAGGGCCGGAAACCCCGGGAAAGUGGAGUCCCCAGCACUCUCGGAAGGGAAGGGCCUCCAAGGAGCUACUCUCCAGGGGCGGUGCUAGAUCGACGCAGGUGAAGGCCUGCAGGAGGCAGGGCCGGCCCGAGGAUCCAGAAGGGGCGGGACUAAAGGAGGCAUUGGCCCCAGGACACAAGGAACACCCUGGGUCUGACUGGCGCUCCGGUCUCAAAGAUGCAUGCCUGGUGCUGCCGCCACAGUGCUUGUGGAGAUGAGGGUUGGAGGCCGAAGCCCGGGCCCCGCGCUGCCCUCCCUGGUCUCUCAGUGGCGUGGCUGCGCCCUGCCCAGCACUGAGUCGCUCAAACAGGUGUUAUAGCUGUCACCGCUGAGGACUCUUUGCAUCCCCACGGACCAGUUUUGUAAGGGAGAAAGGGUGUUCCCACUGCCUUGUAAUGGCUUUCGAGAAAGGGACGGUUUUCAUGUCUCGAGGUCAUUCGCCACUGGGGCAGUUUGUGCAGAGGAAACCCUUGACUCCUCAGGAAGUUUUUGCGCCUCCCCGUGUCUUCUGCACCCCAGUGUAGGCAAUGUUUGCCCCACCCAUGUAGAGGUUUUCGCAGAAGUCACAGCUUGCGGGCGGGGGCAUGGGCAUUGGCAUGUCCACUCAGAAAAAUCUAGCUCCCCCACCCCAAAAUAGAAACUCAUUUCUGGUUAUUUUGUGGUUACCCUUUAAAAACACUUGACCUGGCCGGGCGCAGUGGCUCAUGUCUGUAAUCCCAGCACUUUGGGAGGCCGAGGCGGGCAGUUAGUUCAUCUGAGGUCAGGAGUUCGAGACCAG